AUGGCGAAUCUCAACGAAAUCUUGGUUUUGGGAGGAACAGGGGCGCAGGGUGCUCCUGUUGUCAAAGGCGAGUCUGCAUUUUGCUCUUCAUAUCUCAGCGACUUGCACCACGCCUUUCAUGGCGUGUACGGUGCGUGGGUGAACAUCGAUGGCUUCACUCUGGGAGAAAAGGACGAGCUUUUCUAUGGACUCCGGGCCUACGAGAUUGCACGACAUGAAAAGGUCCAGCACUAUAUCUGGGCCAGCAUCGAUUAUUCGCUGAAGAAGGCCGGGUGGGACGAAGAAUAUCACUGCUGCCAUAAUGACACUAAGGGGCGAAUUGGAGAUUUCAUCCUCGCACAAGGCCAGGCAGGGAUGAAGACGUCGCUCUUCACAACUUGCCCAUACAUGGACAUGCUUUUCGAAGGCAUGUUUGUGCCAGACCAAAAGCCCGACGGCUCGUUGGUCUGGGCAAAUCCGGCAGCUGACGGGAAAAUUCCACUUAUCGCGCUGGACGAUGUCGGGCCGUUUGUCUCGUGGAUGUUUGACAAUAUCGAUCGAUCGGCAGGCAUGGAUCUCGAGGUUGCAACGGACCAAGUCAGCAUGCAGGAAAUAGCAGACGCAGCGGCUCGAGUGACGGGGAAAGACGCCAAGUUCGUGCGCAUGCCGAUGGAGGAGUAUCUCCCCAAGGCUGAGCCUUAUCCCGGCGCCCCUGCCAACUGGGGCGUCGGACCCAACGUCGCGACCGACGACGCCUUGAUGAGCUGGAAAGAAAACUUCAAAGCAUGGUGGCAGUAUUGGGGGGAAGGGUUCGGGGCGACGAGAGACAUGGCUCUCCUUGACGAGAUCAGCCCGAAUCGGAUCAAGGGGCUGGAGGCGUGGAUGAGGAUAGUCGGCUAUGAGGGCGAGAGGCGGCCAGUGUUGAAGGAUGCGCAGGAUUUGAAGCGCUCGGCGCUGGACGAUAUCGUCUUCAGCGUUCGUGAAGGGCAAGCUUGCAACUGUCAGCCUCAAGCACGCUAA